CCUGUCUGGCCAUUCCUUAGGCACAGUGAAAGAAUUCUUUCUAUCCAGCAAGUGACAUUUCAAUUAUUUUGGGAUAGAGUAUUUAGACGUAAAUGUACGUGGUACAUGGUAGAAGUCAUUGACUAAAACUGAUUGCUGUAAACGUAGAUAUUGAAUUCGACCGAAAACAAAGCAAGCGCUGGACUUUUGCAUCCCGUUGUUUGGGCCUAGAGAUGUGAUGCCUCCAUUGCAUGUUCCUAGGCUGCAGAUUCAUUGUUUCAUAAAGCAUCAUGUCUGAUUCUGAAAUUUCUGCUGACGUGAAUACAAUGGCUACUGAGAACAAAGAGGCUAGCAUUGAUCCAAACGAGGCUACUGCUGUAAACAGUGACAAAGUGGAUGAUUGCGAAGAAGGGCCAGUUGGAGAGAACGACACGCCUGUGGGCAAUACCAAUGGCGAGAUUGGAGAUUUUGUAGCAAAUUCACCCAGUGCUGCUGUCGACAUUGAAACACCCACUGUUCAGGACAGCGAUGAUUUCACUCUGACCUCGCCCUCCCAGCCCAACGAGGAGGUGCUGGAAGAUUGGGAGAGGGACCUGCAAGAUGUGCUUGAGAAAGGAGAGCUGGCAUCAGAGGAGGACCGAGCGAGUAGCCAGGAAGUUGUUGACGAUGCAGACCUGAGCUACGAGGCAUGGCAGGAGAAAUUAGACACAGUGCUGACUGGUGGAGUGGACUAUGGUACACUACGCACCCUAUGCCGUAGUCGCACCAAUGAUAUACCCGUGGAGCGGCGGCUGGAUGUGUGGAAAGUUGCUCUGGGUUUGUCGCGCAAAUCAGAUGCCAUGCAAGGCUGGGAUGGUUCAUUUGACUGUCUUGAUAAAGAGGCAAUCGAAGAGCAAUGCUCACGCCAGGUGGAGAAUCUGCCCGACGACUUCAGUAGUGACGAGCGCGAUGCCGUGUGCACCACAAUGCGCUCUAUUCUGACUGUGUACUCCAAAUCGACUGGUCAGCGGUUUCGACCCGAUGGCGGCUGGGCUGAGCUGAUGCUAGUCAUCAUGGCACUGCGGCCGUGCAAGAAAGACGCCUACAACAUCCUGUACACCAUUCUGCAGAAGUACAUCCCCAAAGACUGCAGAAGCACCGGGAAGCCGUUUCACCUCUUCCGCCUACUCCUGCUGUACCAUGACGUGGAGCUGUGUAACUUUCUGGAUACGCGGCGCGUUGGCUGCGAGCUAUACUUACAGAAGUGGCUGCGAGCACUCUUUGCUGCCAGUUGCUCCGUGGAAGUGGUGCAAAGCAUGCUCGAUAUUUACCUGCUGGAGGCCGAUCCCUUCCUAGUUUUCUUUCUGGCCUUAGUCAUGCUGAUGAAUGCUAAAGAGAUGCUGAUGGAUGGCACACAAUCUACUCGCACUGACCUCGCGGAGAGUAUAUCCCUAUUCCCGUCCGAACUCGGCAAAGAUGAUCUGGAAGACUUCUGCCUUCUAGCGCAGCACUACGCUUCGCUGACACCUCAGUCGUUCCGCAUGGACUACCAUGCGCCGCUGUUUGGGCCUACGAAAGGAUCUUCCAUUUCCGGUGCCCUGCCGCAUGCCCUAUGCUUACCUAUUGGCCUGACAGAGCUCGUAUCCAAUUUACGACGACGGGCAGCGGAGAUUGCUGGCUUUGAAGAGCCGUCAUCGAAGCUGUCAGCAGACACCGCCGUCUCUUACUUUGUAAUCGACUGUCGUCCAUUGGAGCAGUACCAGUCCGGGAGACUAAUGUUCUCUCACCAUCUUGACCCGGAGCUGAUGCUGAAGGACGUCACAGCGUUCCACGACAAGGUGUCAGUGCUGCAGGAUGUCCACGCUCGCAUCAAUGAAGGUGAAGACCACUGGUGCUUCAUCGGAACUGGCCGCGAAGAAGAGGACCAAUACAUGCACAUGGCAGUGGCACACGUGCUACAGCGUAACGUUCAGUAUGUGAGUGUGGUCCGCGGUGGCUUUGCCGGCCUGCAGGCUCAGCUCUGGCAUCGUGUACAAGAUCUGCUGGAGUGCGAUGGCGAUAUGCAGCCCUCCUUCCCGUUCUACGCCAUGAACCAGGAGCAGAUUGAUUCGUCGGCGAUGGGUGUUGACAAGAGUGAUCGUCUUAGUCGCCCUUCUCUUGGCGAGCUGAGAGAUGCGAAGGAGGCAGCUGUGAAGAAAGUCAGUGCUUUAGCAGAUCGCGUGAAAGGUGCUGUCCAGGAAAAGAGACAGGCCAUGCGAGAUCGGGCUGCUGAGGUGCAGAAGCGGCUAGCUGAGAAGGCAUCGAAGGGAGACAACGGAGAGAUGCUGGGUGUUGAUGUUGACAUGUCACCCCCAGCGUUUAGCAUUGAUGGCGACGAUGACUAUGAUGUCAAGGAGACCCUGGCGUCACUGCUGGCUCAGGGCCGUACGGCCGACGUGAACUCUAGCCAGUUCUGCGCGCAACCACAGGUCUUGAAGUCAUUCAAGUGCAGUGAGCUAAAGGAAGAUGGAUACAUCGUAUCUGGACUGCUGGUUUUGACCGCCGACACACUGUUUGGCUUGCGAGACCUGACGUCGCGUCCCGGCUGGUCUGAGGUCCACCAUCAGCUACCCCUUAGUAACCUGGUCAAGAUCACUUCGAAGAAAAAGCACCCGGACUUGUUAACGUUUCACUUGGGAACGGUAGACCGGGUACACAUGUCGGUCAAGUAUUUUGUGCCGCAGGCUAAAGAGGCAUGCAAGGCGCUGAAAUCGGCAAUCUUGGCUGAUGUGGACCGUGCUAGCAAGCCCAACUCGAAGUGAUUUCCUUCACAGUGUUCCUACCAGUUGACCGGGCGUCUUCUCUGUACUGUCUGUGAUGGCGUGGCGCAUUAUUACUAUUAGCGGCGCCCUCCAGCAACUGCCAGCUGCCUUGAUGAAUAGCUAGCUGGUGUGCAUGCAACUGAUGCCUAGUGAUGGUACGUUUACUGUAUAUACAGCCUGAACGCUGCACACCAUCUGUGUACAUAUUCUCAAGUCAUCCUAUUCUCAAGUACUCGAUUUUUAUGUUGAUCUUAGCUUCACCGACAGCAUAGUACUUCAGUACUAGUAUUUACUCUGUAUCACGCAGCUAGUUAUUGCCGCCAUAUGGACCUAGACUUUUCUGCACAAACGUGACUUUGUUACUCUGUGUCUUUGUUCUGUUGGACACUGCCACACACGUGCACAUGCGCAUGUUCGCAGCGCUACGCAUUUCUUUGGUUUUAUUCUAUUUUAUUUUUCGUCCGCUUUUGUGCACCGCCGGCCACUUAGUAUUGUACUCGCUAACAAUCUAACCGUAUCAACAACCGCUAUUCAGCACCUAUAUGCUGUCGUGUACAGUAACUGUGACUAUUUACCAAUGACCAUGCAGAUGAGUGGUUGUAGUUGUAGCCUUGAUUCUCCUAAUACCAGUACAGCACUACUAUAGCUCUCAAUGCCUAUACCCGAGGAUUCGGUAUUCUGAACACUAUCGCUCUCAAUGCCUAUACCCGGGGAUUCGGUAUUCUGAACACUAUUGCUCUCAAUGCCUAUAUCCGGGGAUUCGGUAUUCUGAACACUAUUGCUCUCAAUGCCUAUACCCGGGGAUUCGUUAUUCUGAACACUAUUGCUCUAGACCCCAAACGUGUUUGUUUUCAAGAUCCAAUCAUGGGUUAUUCGAAUUUUGCUCCACUCUCGCCCUUUCAGUCCGUGUCAUACCUGCUAUGGCUUGUCUUGAGACACACAGCAUAGACUGUUGUGGCGGUACACUAUUUUUCCACAGAUUUUAAUUAUUUGAAUGAAAAACUUGGAAGAGGAAAACCUGUUGCUCCCAAUCAAGUUUAUCACCGGAUGUAUUUGUUUGCUCCUGA